UGCACCAAGCGCCGUGGGGCCGAAUGCCAGCCCGGACUCGGGGGACACGGGGGGUGGUGACUGCCUGGUCUCGCUUGCUGUGGCCUUUCUCCCCUGCCCACUGCGAGGGCUGCAGCACGGCCCUGGCUCUGUCGGUCCCUUAGCAGCAGGUCUCCUUUCACAGCAGUGCCAGCCCUGUGGGACGGUGGGAAGUGGGGACAGUGACAGAGCUGGAGCCGGGCCCUCUGGGGACUGGUGGCAGUGCCAAGGGCACAACUACGUAAGGAGCCGUCUUUGGGCUUCCCACAUCCCAUGGGCCACACUGGCUCCGGGCUGGCGUGGGCGACUGGUGACGCCAGCUCCCCCGAGAGCCCUUUGCUGUGGCCAGGGGGUCCUUGGAAACCCACAGUGUCAACCGCCCCUUCGGGGGAGCGUGGGAGCAGCUACCCUGGCCCUGUCGCCACAGCUCCUCUCCUGUUUAUUUAUAUCUCUGAGAAAGAGCCGGCUGCCACCGCUGCCUCCUCUGAACUGCCCGCGAGAAACGAGGCACUGCCUCCAUGCCUGCAGCCCUGAGGAGCGUGUGAGGCCCUCCCCAGUGGGACAGUGUCUGGAGGUGCUGGCCCUGUGCAUGGGUACCAGCACUGGGUGACAGGUGCCCUUAAUGCCACAGGGAUCCCUGGAGGUGAGCCUGAGCCAGCCCACCCACAGCAGCAGUGGCUCGGAACGGUCCCUGCUUGUUGCGGAGGAGAUGCGCAGCCUCAUCGUGGAGAAGGGCCCAGGGCCAGUGGAGGAUGACCCUGACGUUCUUGUGAAAGGCUGGCUGCAGCGGGAGAUGCGGGGCUGCAUGAAGACCCCCUGGAUCCGUCCUCGGAAGUACUGGUUCGUGCUGACGCCCGACUCCCUGGACUACUACAGCAGCAACGAGAAGGGGGCCAGGCGCCUGGGCUCCCUGGUGCUCACCAGCCUCUGCUCUGUGCUCUGGCCAGACAAGCAGCUCUACAAGGAGACGGGCUACUGGAGCGUGACAGUGUUUGGCAGGAAGCACUGCUACCGCCUGUACACGGAGCACCUCAACGAGGCUGUGCGCUGGGUGUGCGCCGUGCAGAAGGUCAUUGACAGCAAAGCCCCUGUCCAAACGCCCACCCAGCUGCUCAUGCGUGAUGUCGAGGAGCACAGAGACAGCCCCGAGGUUCUGGAGCAGAUCUAUCGCUGCAACCCCAUCCUGCGCUACACCAGCGGCCCCCUCUACGCUCCCCUGCUGCCCUUCCCCUAUGGCAGCCUGGACCAAAGCGCCCCUGGCCCCUGCAGCUACACCACGCUGCGCGACGAGGCUGUGAAGCUCUUCAACUCGCUGCAGCAGCUGGAGUCAGAGCGGGACCCAGUGCCGCUGAUGCAGGGUGUCCUGCAGACCUGCCUGGACCUGCCGCCGCUGGUGGAUGAGAUCUACUGCCAGCUGGUGAAGCAGACUACAGAGCCGCCGGCGCCGGGCGGGCAGGGCGACCUGCACUACUGGCAGCUCCUCACCUGCAUGAGCUGCACCUUCCUGCCCUCCCCGCCUGUCCUGCGCUUCCUGCACUUCCACCUGGACAGGACAGAGAAGCGUUUCCCUUCCUCGGAGAUGGCCAAGUACGCCUGUUUCAUCCGAGAGGCGUUGGGAAAGACCAAGGGGAGGGAGUGUGUGCCCUCUCUGGAGGAAAUCCUGGUGCUGAUGCAGCGGCAAGAGAUGAUCUGCACAGUGCACUGCCCUGGGGCGCCCGCCUGCAGUGUGGCCAUCAGUUCCCACACCACAGCCGAGGAGGUGGCCCAGGAACUUGUGUCACGCCUGGGGCUGUCCCAGAGCCCCAACCUCUUUGCGCUCUACGAACAGUCCCGGCGACGGGAGCAGCCAGUGGGCAGUGCCACACUGCUGGCUGAUGUCCUCACCAGGUUUGAAAACCUGGCUGGAGAGGACUGGGAGCAGGACCCACCGUGCCGGCUCUGCUUCAAGCACUAUGGCUUCCUGGACACAGACAACGUGCCACGGGACAGCCUGGAGUUUGCCCUCCUCUUUGAGCAGGCGCACGAGAUGGUGCUGCGGGGCUACGUGCCCACAUCAGAGGAGACGCUGCAGACACUGGCGGCCCUGCGCCUGCAGAGUCUCAACAGCGACUUCUCCACCCACGCGCCCUUCCCGCGCCUGGAGGAGCUCUUCCCACCCCACGUGCUGCACGCCCGCUUGCCGCCCCUGCCCCACCGGCCCCCCGCCAAGUGCCGGGGGGCCCGGCUGCGCGUGGGGCUGCUGGCCGGCGGGCUCUGGGGUCAAGCGCUGGCCAAGCAACGGGCGGAGCGGGACCAGCGCCUGCGGGGCCGUCUGCGUGAGGAGGGGGCCAGCACCAUGGCUGCCAUUGUGGAGAAGUGGAAGCUGCUGCAGGGCAUGGGCCGGCCCGAGGCCAUGGCCGCCUACGUGGCCUUGGUGCGGGAGUGGCCUGGCUUUGGCUCCACACUCUUCGAUGUCGACCUGCACGCGAGCCCAGUGGGCCCUGGGCCCCAGCGCCUGUGGCUGGGCAUCGGGGCCAAGGCGGUCUCACUCUACAAGCCGGGAGAGCGCGAGCCCUUGGACAGCUUCUGCUACGGCCGCAUCUCCUCCUUUGGCGCCUCUGACAGCAGCACCUUCCGCCUCUCCGUGGAGGAUCGAGACCUGCUCUUUGAGACCUCCCAGGUGGAUGAGAUUGCCCAGCUCCUCAACACGUACCUCGCCUCUGCGAGUGCCCAGCGGCUGCCCCGGCCCCAGGAGCCUCCCACCAGUCCCCCCACUUUGGAGCCCACUGUGCUGCCUGAGGGGCUCUGCCCUGCACCCGAGCCCUGGCACCAGCGGCCACCAGUGGGUUCCUCCCACAGCUAGCCCAGCAGCUGGUGUGGCCACGCAGGUGCUCCGAUGGCCGGCGUGGGACGGCAGCCAAGCCCGGCAGCAAGUGGCAGGUCUGUGCUGGCCCCCAGCUGCUCCAGAGAGCAGGGGGCCAGGGGGUCGUGCUCCCCCACUGCCAUUGCCUUUCUGGCUAUUCCCUUAAUUUAUUUUGAGACGCCUGUGCGCCCCACGUCUCCCAGCACUUUCCCUGGUGGGCAGCGGGGCCGCCCUGCUGCGGUCCCCCACACUGCCCCCAGGCCUGUCCCCAUCCCCUAUACCCUGGUGCCUUUGCCUCCAGCACUUGUGUUGCCUGGCCACUCUGCUCAUGCCCCGGGCAGAGCAGAGGGUACCUGGCAGUAGUGCUGUGCCAUCAUCUGUCUGUCCGUCCUCUGGACCCACCCCUUCUAGAAAGCUGCGGGCGGCUUUUGGCCAAGCUGCCCUGGGGACCCACGGGCUCCUCCUGCACGAGUGGCUGGGCUCUGCGGUGGCCCUGUGGCCAGGUUUAUGUCACAGGGGUGGCUGGUGAAGUGGCAGCUGGUACGGCUGGGGCUUGGCCCCUCAGUGUUGCCUCUGUAGAGUUUGUUGGUUCUGUCUUGGGAUGGGGGGGUUGGUUGGUUGUUUUUCUAAAUAAAUGCACAAAGGAAA